CUUGAACCUUCCUCACUGAGAAUCAUCACAACUCAGCGCCACACUGUCACAGAACACAAAAGAAGCUACCCUUGCGUUCCCUUUGAAUUGUACGCCCUCCGUGGAGUCUUGCACAGCCCAAAAUCAGAUAGAAACACACCCAUUUGGCCAUUCAUUAGCUAAGGCUGUGAACAAUCGGAAAAUCCCAUCUUUUCAACCGAUUAAGUCAAUCCCCGAAACAAAACCAGCAAAGUUUUUAUUUUCGUUGUUCUGUUUAAUGUGCUCUUUGGAAGGGAACUUUAGACCCAGAAGUGAAUUAACAAGAAAAAUUUGCUAUUCAUUUUUUUGGAGGCUGCAUGAGGGGGCAGGAUUUUGACAAAGGCUGCCUUGUCGAGUUGUGGAGCUUGAAGAUAUUGACAAAGGCUGCGUCGUCGAGUUUAUUUGGCAGAUAUUACACUUGUUUUAUAGCUUGUUAUGCUAGUUGCCUGGCCGGAAAUUUAGCGGAACAGCUUUGGGAUUUCGCUUGGCCUUCUGCUAUUGCAUUGCUUCAUCCCAGCCUUCUUCCAGUAGCAGUCAUGGGAUUCUUCAGUAAGACUUCAAUAAUUGUUGGAGGUCCUGUUGUUGGCAAACUGAUGGAUAAUUAUCCCCGCGUUCCAGCAUAUGUAAGCUUGAAUGUCGUCCUGGCGGCUGCCCAGUUGCUAUCUGCAACAUUGAUAAUUCAUGCCCAUAGAUUUCCUCCACCUUCAGCGUCAUCCACGCUUCUCCAUCCGUGGUUUUCUGCACUAGUGUUAACAGGGGCUGUUGAGAGGUUAUCUGGAGUAGCAUUGGGGGUUGCUAUGGAGCGUGAUUGGGUUGUGCUGUUAGCAGGAAUCAAUAGAGCAAUUGCUCCUACUCAAGCAAAUGCUAUUCUUAAUCGAACUGAUCUCCUCUGCGAGAUUACUGGAGCAUCACUAUUUGGCCUUCUCUCUAAGUAUGACCCUGUUACCGGCUUGAAGUUUGCUGCUGGUUUAAUGAUAUGGUCAUUACCGGUUUAUGGAAUCGAAUCAAUGGCAGCUUGAACUGUGUUGAAUACUCCAUUUGUGCCAGACUUAUCAACGACAAUGGUGUUUGCAAUUCCAGAUUGGCAUUGUAUUACCUGAGAGACCACAAAAGAAGCACCGAACAAAGUGAGAAUGAAGAGAAACUGUGGAAGCUGCAUAUUUCGUUGAAAAAUAGCUUUAGUUGAUGGUGUAAUGGAGAAUUUUCUAAUUAUGAAACGCAGGAUCAUUAUAUUGGCUUCUGAAUCAUUUGGUUAUUAAUGAGAAGAUUCCAUUAGAAAUCUCUGUGUUUUGUGGCAAUUGUCUUGAGAUACAGAGAAUAUUCUCCCAUAUUGAAGAAGAUUGAUUUGGUUAUUAUUUUCUGCAUGCGCUUUGAUAUUGGCAGUCAAGUAAAACAGUCGUUGUUUUUUUUUUUUGUCAGAACAAAUCCUUGUACC